GUUUUCAGGAAUUUGAUGGUGUUGAAGUUCACAUUCUGAUAAUAACAAGUGAUUGUUUCGCUAUAAUUCGCAAUACCUCAAUAAUAAAAAAAGUGGUCCUAGUAUGACAUAAACUCUCUAUGAAGGGAUUAAAACUUCGGAGCAUAUUACCACGAAAAUUAAGUAAACCACACUAGUCCUCAGAUCUAACGGUCCGUUAUAGAAUUUUUUUUUCAAGUGGUCAGUAUAUCAUUCAGAGGUCGGCGAAGGUUAAGAAAGUUAUAUCUAGUUAUAUCAACAAUAGGGACACGUCAAUCUUCAGGCUUGAAUUAUAGCAUAACAUGUGCGUUAAAUCAUCAUGGACACAAGAAGAAUAAAGUUAUUAAAGCUGAGAGAAUGUCCCUGGGCUGGAUUGUUUCUCCUCAUCGUGAUCAGUUCAGUUUUUCAUGUGUCGCUGGGAGAUCAAAAUGUAACAUCUGGAACCCAGAAUCCAAAAGUAUCGACUAGCACAGUCUCAGCAUUGUCCUCAGUGCAUCCAAUCGUUCUGAAGAAUGAAACAGUCAUCCCAGGGCAGGAAAAAACAGCGAAACCAAAAACCCCUUAUGUCACCGAAAAUCCACAAAAUUCGACUGCGGCUGAUAAAAAACCUGAAAAGGAGAAACAGCCAGCUUCAGAUGUCCGACCAGAGGAUAACCCUCUUCACAUCACCACUGAGAGAAGUGCAAAAGGUGAGUCAAUCGAAUCCAGUUCCUUACCAUCAUCGGAAGCUGCCAAUAACACCAAUAUCAGUACGACCACUGCAACUCCAGUGGAGCCAGUAUUACCAGACAAAGGAUCCGCAGAGGAGGAGCACAACAGUUCCAUGUCCAUCUUCUUCGUCUUGUGCAUCCUGGCUCUGGGAAUCCUCCUCAUCCAUCUGAUGCUGCAAACAAACUUCCAAUAUCUUCCAGAAUCAGUGGUGAUUGUGUUUCUCGGCGGUGCUAUUGGCAUGAUAAUCAACAUGAUGUCCCAUAAGAACAUCGCUAAUUGGAAGAAGGAAGAGGUCCUCUCACCAACAGCUUUCUUCCUCGUUCUGCUACCACCAAUUAUCUUCGAAUCUGGGUACAAUCUGCACAAGGGUAAUUUCUUUCAAAAUAUCGGAAGCAUUCUGGUAUUCGCUAUUUUCGGAACUGCAAUAUCAGCUUUCGUCGUGGGUGCUGGAAUUUAUCUACUGGGAUUGGCACAAGUUGCCUAUAAAUUGAGUUUCGUCGAGAGUUUUGCAUUUGGAUCCCUAAUUUCUGCUGUCGAUCCAGUAGCAACAGUUGCCAUUUUUCACGCUUUAGAUGUUGAUCCAGUGCUAAACAUGCUGGUGUUUGGAGAAUCAAUUCUCAACGACGCCAUUGCUAUUGUUCUGACAACAUCUGUUCUCGAAUCUAAUAAUGGAGCUACCACUGGUGAAGCCAUUGUCCUUGGUCUCAACAGAUUUUGCUUGAUGUUCUUCGCAUCAGCAGGCAUUGGCGUUGUGUUUGCGUUGAUAAGUGCGUUGUUGUUGAAGCACGUAGAUUUGAGAAAAAAUCCUUCGUUGGAGUUUGGAAUAAUGUUGGUAUUCACCUACGCACCUUAUGUACUUGCCGAGGGAAUACAUCUGUCCGGAAUUAUGGCGAUUUUAUUUAAUGGAAUUGUCAUGUCACAUUACACGCAUUUUAACCUAUCCACAGUGACUCAGAUUACGAUGCAGCAGACUAUGCGGACACUGGCAUUCAUUGCUGAAACUUGUGUCUUCGCAUAUCUGGGACUGGCGUUAUUCAGCUUCAGACAUCGGUUUGAGCCGGCCCUGGUUGUCUGGUCGUUAAUUUUAUGUCUCAUUGGUAGAGCUGCAAAUAUCUUUCCACUAGCACUGCUGGUCAAUCGUUUCAGAGAACAUCGGAUCACCAAGAAGAUGAUGUUCAUUAUGUGGUUCAGCGGCCUGAGAGGGGCCAUUUCUUAUGCACUGUCACUGCAUUUGAAUUUCAGUGAUGAAACUAGACAUGUGAUUAUUACCACUACUCUCAUCAUUGUUUUGUUCACAACUUUGGUGUUUGGAGGAUCGACGAUGCCGCUGUUGAAGUUCAUGAGGGCGGAGAAAAAACAGAAGAACAGCAGGAGGAAGAGGAGGGACAAGGAAAUUUCUCUCAGCAAAACUCGGGAGUGGGGACAAACGAUUGAUUCCGAGCAUUUAUCAGAAUUCACUGAAGAAGAAAUGGAGGUAUCCUUCAUGCAGUCAAGAAUUCGCGGAUUUGCUCGAUGGGAUCUCAAGUUUUUCAUUCCCUUCUUCACACGUCGGUUUACCCAACAAGAAUUGAAAGAUUGCAAAUCUCAGAUGACGGAUCUAACGAAUCAAUGGUACCAAGCUAUCAGAAUAAGCCCCAUGGAGUCUGACGAGGAAACGACAACUGCAUCAACAACGCAUCUGACUGCUGUCGGUGCACCAACGGAGAGUAGGAGUGAUAGUAGCCAUAGUUCAGGGAAAAAAGGACGUCCAAGUCAUGGACUUUUCGAGGAUUUGUCCGAUUGAUAUUUGAUUUAGAGAUCGACUCACAGCAGGAGGAUAAUUGGAGUGAGGCUGAAACUUAAGAUUUCUCUUACCUUUUAUUUUAUAGUAGAAACUAUUUCAUGCGAUAGAAAUAGAAAAUUUAAUGCCAAUUUAGAAUAUUUUUUGUACCGAACGGCUGGCCGAGGGGUAUUAGUUGAUCAUUUAUAGUAAAAAAAAUUAAUUUACGAGAAAAAAAACAUUUUUUUUUUCGAGGAAAAAAAUUUUCUGUUGCUGUGCCUGAUAAAUAGCUUCGCUCAGUUGAAAUGCCGUUUUCGGGCUCAGCAAUAUAAAAUAAUGUUAUUCAUUUGCUGGUAAAUGCCAUUUUGACAGAUACAGAUGCAGGCAAAGCCAAACCUCAUUUUGUCAAAUAUGCAUUUUCUCAACGCGUAUGUUAGUAUACUAUUAUUCCGUCCAAGAUUUAUAUCUAAACGAUUAUGUAGCAUAAUUUCUUCAAUUAUUUUUCAACCAUACUUGAUGUAUGUAUUUAUGCGUGAGAGCGACAAGAGGAUUUGUAUCAUAGUGAAUGUUCCCAUAUGAAUUUAUGUCUCAGGUAUCUUAAAAGUAGUGCUGCCAAGUAAAAAAAGGACCUGUCCUUGGACAGUCAUUGAUGAUUAAUUAAUUGUUUGUCUCAUUUAAAGCUAGAGCAUAAUGUAGAUUUGCGUCACGUCCAAUUUAUUUCCCAUUUUUUUUGCCAAAGUUAACGAAAAUUUUAUAAGUUAUCUGUGGUAGCAUGCAGUUGACCCGUUCUCUGUUGAGGUGUUUGCGAAUUGGGAACGAAGCUGGAAAUUAAUUAAUUAAAACCCCCGAGCAAUGAUUGCUCAUCAGUUUUUAUCGAAUUAGAUCAUGGCAAGUCUUUUAUGAGUCACUCGUUCAUGUGAGAAAAAUCGUUGUUUGGCAUCACUACACAUAAGUUUUACUAGAAAAUGCUCGAGUCGAUUUUGUUUCUUAUUAAAAACGCGAAAUAUUUUAUUCAUCCUACGGGAGAGCCAUCUUAAUGGAAAAAAUAUAAUGUAUAUGGACAAUAAAACUGGAUAGUUUAUACAAAUGAA